AUGGAAUCCCUAAAAACAGAAACAGUAAUCGCUUUAAAUAAUUUUCUUAAAAUUUGGAAACAGGACCCUGUAUCUCAAAAACAUUUAGACAUUUCACCCCAGAAUAUUUAUCUUUGGAAUGAGGAAGAACCAGAAAAUGUAGUAAACUUGAACCCUUUUAUAAACACCAUAGUAGAAAUUAAUUUCGAUGAAUUUCUACAAAUAGAAACAGAAGUACUUCUAACCACAGAAGAAACCACCUCUGCAGAAGUUACUACAGAGUUCAAAAACCAUCCUAGUAUCAAUGACCUUACUUUAUUGGUAAAUGAUCUGAAACAGACACCUGUCUUAACAACCCGGACUAUAACUAAUUCUUUUUCCGGAGGAACAUGGAAAGACCAAGUAGACCGAAUAUUGAAGUUCUUAUUAAGCCCAGGCCAGACACGAGUUAGCCUCAAUAAAAAGAUUGAAGCCUACUACUACUUAGGAUUAUUAAUUUCUAAAUCCAAUGAUCCUUUAGAAAUUAAAACCUUUAUCCAGAAAGCUCAAUCUGAAAGGAAAGCCAGGAAUACUUGGAAAGGUGCUCUUAGAAGUUAUGAACUUCUUACGCUACGGCCCAAGAAAAUUAUUUUUCAACUUCGAUAUACCACUGCUACUUGUAUUAUCAAGUUGCCGGACCAAGAUUAUACUCAAUUA